AUUCCGAGAGUAAAGUAACAUCCUCUCACGGCUCACUGUGCGAAAAGGAAGCAAAAUCCCGCAAAAAGUAACUAAAAGUUGAAAAGAAUCAGAAGAAGAAACAAGCUUCAACAUGUCAACCCGUAAUCCUAGCGUAAGUCUGAAGCUUUUAGUGAACACAAAAGAGAAAAGGAUCCUCUUUGCGGAAAGCCGGGAAAGACUUUGUGGACUUCCUUCUUUCGUUUAUGUCGCUGCCUAUUGGCACUGUCACUAGGAUUCUCUCCACUAAUGACAUGGUGGGCAGUAUCGGAAAUCUCUACCAAAGCUUUGAAAACCUAAGUGAGAUUUACAUACAACCCGAGGCUAAAAAGGAUACCCUACUCAAGCCCAAGUCGCUCAUUUUCGAGGGCGCGGCGACGCUGCUGGCAUUGCCCGACAAUGCUGAUCAGACUCGGAAUGUGUUCACCUGUGGGAAUUGCAGGCGCUAUGUGACCUACAAUCUGAAGGACGAGUGUCCCAGUUGCGGCAACACGAUGUCCACCUUGGCGGCCUUUGUGAAGAAGGCUGUGAAGGCCUCUUCCUCUGUUGCGAAAGGCUAUGUGAAGGAGGUGGUUACUUAUAUGAUCAUGGACAAUUUGGAAGUGAAACCUAUGUCCACUAUAUCAAGCAUUGCUUUGCUUAACAAGUACAAUGUUAAGGAGAUUGGUGAUCUUGAGGAGAUGGUGGUUUCGUUUGGCAUGGAUGAGGGCUUGAAAUUGUUGAAGGCGUCAUUGGAGUCCAAGACUGUUCUGACCGAUGUUUUCUUAAGGAAUAAAAUCGGAAAAGACAUUCCAAUAUUAAGAAACAGAAUGUCGUCCAACUCCAAUGUCCGUUUGAAGCUGCUGAUCGACAAGAAAAACCAAAAAGUUCUCUUCGCCGAAGCCGGCAAGAAUUUCGUGGAUUUUCUCUUCACCCUUCUGCCACUGCCCGUCGGCACUGUCAUUAGGCUUCUCUCACAAAAUUAUGGCAUGGUAGGAACGCUGGGAAAGAUCUACAAUAGCGUCGAAAAUCUCAGCGACACUUACAUGCAACCCAAAGUCAGCAAGGACACUCUUCUGAAACCUAAGAUACCAAUUAGAGUUGGUGCUGUUUCAACCCUUCCCUCGUUGACAACCAGUACUUCCCCAACGGCGAAAAGGUUUUACGUUUGUAGUUAUAUACAUUGCUCCCGCCGGCAUGUCUCCAGAACUACUCGCAAGUAA